AAAUCACAUUCCCAUUGUCAGACUCCCGCCGGCCGACAGCAACCCGACCACCCUCAGCCUCAGUCACCGCCCCACCCGGCAAGCCGAAGACGACCACACCGCCAGCUUCUCCACCGCUCUCCAUAGGUCGCCGGCGAGCGCUACUCUCUCAAAUUCAGCUUUCCUGCUCCCGGUACUCUGCAAAUUUCCUCUCCAGCUCCUCUGAAAUUGACAGGCAUUGAAUUCGGAACUUUGGCUAUUUGACGUGGUUCUUGCCCUUUUGACCUCUUCAUCCAUAGAUUUAGAAGUCUGCAUAGAUGUUGGGUCAUGAAGAAGGUGGAGAGGACAUAUAUGUUUCUAUUCCGCUUGGCGGCCCAAUAUAUGUUCCUGACAGCAUAGGCCCACUUACAAGAGUCUCAGACUUCGAAACAUCUAUAUUUCAAGAACUUCAGAGUCUGAAGGAGGAGCUAUCUAGAGACUCUACUGAAGCGUGUGAUGAAGAUGUCUCGGUUGAUGAACUCAAAAUAAUUACAGAAGAUGAGUUAGUGAACAAAGCAUUUGCAGAAGCUUUCAAGGAUGGUCGCUUGGCCACGGAUGCUUCGCAAUCGCAAGCUACACAAGAGCAGUUGAGUCCCAAGUCAGAUGGUAACUGUGCAGCUGGUUUUGAGCUUGGUUCGUUGCAAAAUUCAGAAGGGGAUACGAAAGCGUUGGUUUCAAGUGCAUCCUCAAAUGCCGUGCCUCGUAAAACCCGUGGGAGUAAAAAAUCGAAGCAGAAUCCUUCAGGGAAACAGACAAAGAGGAAGCGCAAAAAUAAAAAGAGCAAGGAUUUUGAUGUGCGGAUGAUUAGCUUAGAAAGCUAUCUUGCCAAGGUUGAAGAAUUAGCUAGAAUAAAACGAAAACAAGAAGAAGAUAAAGCAACUGUGAGAUUGCAUUCAUUUGAUGGUUCAAGGGAACCUGGAAAUGGUGCAUAUGCAAAAGCUGAGAAGAUAAGAUCUCUCAAAUCUGGGAGUGUUUCAACCAAGGUGAGGGCCUCAAGUACCACUGAUAACGUGCCAGUACAAUAUCCUGAGACACUCCUGAGCGUUGAAGUUUAUCAUAGCAGGAAAACAUGGUGGAAGACCCAAGAAUUCUUGGUUCUAGGACGGCAAUUUUUGUCCGAAGUAAGAGAUAAGAUAUAUUGUUCGACAGACGAGAUAAUGAAGAAGGCGGGACAGUGUGAUCCUUCAGGCUACUUCUUCAUAGAAGAUGUCUUUUGUAAUGACACGCGAGAGUCCUCGGCCAUAGACUACAGCAAGCCGAUUCUUGAUUGGCUUAAAAACUCAAAAGAUGAUGCACUCGAGAAGUGGGAAUCCAUUGUUUCCGGUGAAUUGCAACAGAAGCAAAAGGUCCUUUUCGGCAGUGAAAGUAAACAGCAGUUGCAAUUGCCAAGGCUAAGAUCUGUUCUCAUGCAGCGUACAAGAUUUUGUGACUUGAGAUUUCGUCUUGGUGCUGGAUAUCUUUAUUGUCAUCAGGGGGAUUGCAAGCACGUAAUUGUUAUACGCGACAUGCGUUUAAUUCAUGCGGAGGACGUACAAAACCGAGCAGCUUAUCCACUCAUCACGCUUCAGUCGAAAAGCCGUUACAGAAAAUGUUCGGUCUGCAAAAUCUACCGUGCAGAUAAGAUGACGGUGGACGACAAAUGGGCCGCAGCAAACCCGUGCUAUUUUUGCGAUGUUUGUUAUUAUAUGCUUCACUAUUCAAACGGGUCAUUGCUCUACAGCGAUUUCAAAGUGUACGAGUGUCACCAUGAUUCAUGAAUUCGGUCAUAUAUAUACUUUUUUAAUCCAAAAAUUCAUUUUUUUCUAGCUUGAAUGAAGCUUGUAAAUGACAAAUCUGUAAGAAGAAACAACAUUACAUGGCUAGCAAUGUGAGGACAAAAUCUUGAUCCAAAGAUGGAAAAGAAGAAAGCAACAUUAGCUAUGAAUUGAAUUCAAUGAAAUAGAAAUCACAUUUUCCUCUUCAUGGCCACAUCCCAUGCAAAUGCCUAGACAAUCUCCUUGGUGUAAAUUCAUCACCAUCAUCAUUAUCAUCAAAACCCCAAUUUCCAUAGUUUCUUGAGCUUCUAUCCACCACAACACCAUCACAAUCUACAUACCAUUUAUCUCCUUCAAUCCCAACAACAUCCCCCGUCUUAACGCACGACGAGCCCUCACUGUAACUAUACUCCACGCGCAUUCGUCCACACUUGUCGAGACACACCGGAAUAUUCCUCUCCUCCCCACCCCUCAUCUCUCCUAUUCUCACAAUCACCCCACGAUUCCCAAUCCUCAGUCGAAUAUCCUCCGCCAGACCACCGAUCGUCCUCGCCAGAAACCCUUCGAACUCGUUCAAAACCUCCGCCGACGACCCGCCACAACCCCCGAGUCCAAACCCUAACCGUCGCACGACAACAGACGAAUCUUCCGAAACGAGCCCCUCGUGAGGUCCAUGCGGGCCCCACGUCAGGCGAACGACGCACGUCUGAGGAUUCUUGCGAUAACGGCCCUCGAGCACCUCCUCGGCGAGCCUCUCGUCCGCGGGCCCGCCCGCGCACGACAGACGAUCGACGAUUCUCAGCGCAAUUCGUUUUCCGCACGGCGUCAUGCUCCUCAGUGCGGAAACUCCCGAGCGUGCGGCUAUCGCCAGGCGGUCGGUGGGGCCCAGAGACGAGACCACCAAGGCCAUGGCACGCUUCACGAGGCUCAGAUGGCGCGGUUCAACCGUGGAGUCGUCGACGACCAAUACCAAGUCGAUUGGCGGUCGAUGAUCCAACUUUACUCGGAGGUAGCAAAACCCGGUGCUCGGGUGGUUGAGGAGAGAGAAAGAGAGUCGGGCUCGGGAGGCGGUGGUGGGGCCCGUUUCGACCGGGCAGCGGAUUCGCCGGAAAGGCCCGAUUUCACGGGCAGCGGUGUUGUGGACCGGGCAGUGGGUUCGUGGGGUCUUGGGCAGUUGGGUCCAAUGGGCCCGGCAAAUGGGGCAGGUCAGGCUGCCGUGGCUGAUGUUGGACGUGAUGCACGAGAAAUGGAAGGCGUGCGUGCAUUGGGCCGUGAAUAUAGCCCGACCUCCGGUUAAUGGGUCGAGGCAUAUCGUGCAUAGGUUCUGUGUAAACAAGGGCUGCUACUAGAAAUGCCUUGCGCUGGAUUUUCUGAUGAGACUUUAGUGUUCUCGCAAGAAUUUAUGGAACAAGAUACGGGAUUUGUGGACAACAAGAGCUUGUGUGUUGCACAAAGAGGCACAUGUCCGAAGGCCAAAUAUUUUCUUGGCGGCUUUCUUCAGCUUCCACGACGCGCCGCCCAUCUCCGCCGCCUGUGCCGCCGGAAAAUUUGAUAUUAUCUUACAGUUUGAAUGCUCGCAGCUGAAGAAAACAAGA